AUUUUCUAAAAGUAAUCAUCAUUUGGAAUAUUGUGAUUAUAAACAAAUUAACGUUUAUUAGCUUGAAGUAUAGAAGUAUUUUCUAGAAUUUACUGUAGCGGCCAGCAUAAAUACUAGGUAUAGCCACGGGUAUAGCUAAGUAAAUAAAACCAUGGGGGAGUAUGUGUGGCAAUGCUGUCGAUUUUGCCUCGGUGUUCAGACCCUGCAUCCUAUCUUCAGACAAUUUAAACACGCAGAGAAGUACACCAGCGCUAUUUGUGAAGUAACAGGAGUCACGGUGAGGGUAAAUGACUCAUUUCCUAAACAAAUGUGCAGUAGCUGCGUAACAUUUAUAAACAAGUCAAUAAAAUUUAGAAGAAAAUGUUUUGAAGUUCAGAAAAGUUUUGAGAACAAAGUUAACAUAAUGGAAAUUGAUACCAUGGGAGGUUCCGACCCGUGCUCGAUUGACAUAAGUCAUCUAAUAGAUGAUGAGUUUAAUGAGUAUGAUGAUAACAUCACUCUUGAUACUUUCCAAUAUGGUCAUGCACAUAAUAUUUUGAAUGCUCAGACUGAAAUAGAAGAUAAAAAAUACAACAUAGAAGAGGGGGUCGACAGAGUAAGCUUAGAUGAAAAGGUAGUUGCUACAACAGAGCCAGCCAGUGAUAAACAAGAAGAUAAAAUUACAAUAGACAUAAAAUAUGAAGGGGAAGACAUGCUACCAGAUGACAAAAAAAUUAAGAGAAGACCGAGACGAAAAGCAAAAGACUCGAGCAAAGAAGACCUUAAGACAGGUGAUGAUAAGAAAGAUAAAAUUGAAGAGGAAAUAGAAUGUAAAUAUUGUCACAAAACUUUGACCUCAAAGCUGUCCUUACGAAAUCAUUAUAAAAUUCAUACUGGGUUUGAUAUAGUCUGUGAGCACUGCGGUAAGAAAUUCAUCACAAGGAGAUUAUUGUUGAUGCAUUGCCGAGCUAAACAUGGCUACGAGAAAACAGACAAAUGUUCGUACUGUGAAUACCGGGCGUCUAAUGCUGAACAAGUAAAGAUUCACGAGCGGCUGCACACAGGAGAGAAGCCGUUCGUGUGUGCGGAGUGCAAGGCCGGCUUCCACCGCAGGAGCAGCUACCUCCAGCAUGUCGCCAUACAUCUUCCCGAGAAAACCGUUCAGUGCGAGCAGUGCCCGGCGCGGUUCAAGUCGGUGACGCUGAUGCGCAUCCACCUGAGCCGGCACCGCGCGCCGCGCUACUCGUACGCGUGCGCGCUCUGCGGGGGCACGUUCGCGCGCCGCCGCAACGUCGCCCGCCACCUCGCGCGCGCGCACGCCGACCGCGCCGACCGCGCCGACCACCACAUACAGCGCCGACUGCUCGAUCACCGGUAAAAUAUUGAAAAAAAAUAGUGUAGCUAAAUUAAGCUUGCAUUGUGACAUGUUACUACCUACAUAGUACUUACUAUACUAAGAAUGUAUUGUAAAAAUAGAUGCUAACAAAGUUUAUUCGUAAGCAGAUGGCGGACCUACGUUAUUUGUUCUGGUUAUGUCGAGCCAACAUUAGACAUUCAUGGCCUGUACAGAUUACGUAGGUCCGUCAUCUGAUUAUCAACUAAUAUGUCUGAUGAUAAAUUUGAGUAUAAACAACAUAAUAUUAAUAGAUAAUAACUGUUGAGGACUGUAUAUUAUCUAUCAUAGGUUUUUUUAAAUGGUCGCUUACUUUGUCUACGGCAAUUUUUACCAAAGCUAAUUAUCCACAUGGCAUGUCUUCUGCUUGCUUCUCCA